CAGCAGUGGUGUAUCUGGCUGAGACAGACAAAGGGCUUCAGAAAGAAAGAGGGGCCAUCUAAACAAAAUGUUGGGAAAUAUUUCGAUCCGGCGCUGAAGACUGGACAAGCUAUGCCUGGUUUAGCAGCAGUCUUGUGGAUCCAGGUGGACUCGGGUUUUGAUGUGGAUUUGAAAAGACAAAAAGGUGGAUCUAUACACGAGCAUGUUUAAAAGGUGGGUCCACGUGGGCUGCUAGUAGACCUCAGCAGACUGGAAGUCUCCGAUGAGAAAAUCCUGAGUGGUCCACAGCCGUGAACAGGAAGUGCUGUCCUCUGACCUUCCUCCAGCUUGGCACUAUGGGAUCAUCCACAUUGGGAAAGGCAGCGUCUCUGGAUUCUCUCUUAAAUGAAUGCAUUCAAGCAUUUGAUGACAAUGGGGAGCUGCAGGCCAACCUGCUUCCUCGGAGCUUACUGCUCAUGCAUCGCUGGUAUGUUACGUCCUCAGAGCUGGCAGGAAAACUACUCAUGAUGUACCGUGACUGCAAAGGCGACAGCUGCCAGAGGACCAGACUGAAGAUAUGUUAUUUAAUGAGGUACUGGAUCGUGACGUUCCCCGCAGAGUUCAACCUGGACCUGGGUCUGAUCAGGAUAACAGAAGAGUUCAGAGAUGUGGCUGCUCAGCUCGGCUGUGAGGAGCAAUUCAAACUCAUAGACAUCUCCACCAUCCCAUCAUACGACUGGAUGCGUAAGCUGACCCAGAGGAAGAAGCAGGCUAAGAAAGGCAAGGCCUCGCUGCUGUUUGACCAUCUGGAGCCCAUGGAGCUGGCUGAACACCUCACCUUCCUAGAGUUCAAGUCUAUCCGGAGGAUAUCGUUCACCGAUUACCAGAGCUACGUGAUCCAUGGCUGCCUGGUAGACAACCCGACUCUGGAGCGCUCCAUCGCGUUGUUCAACGGAGUCUCGCAGUGGGUCCAGCUCAUGGUGCUGAGCAAGCUAACACCUCAAACCCGUGCAGAGGUCAUCACCAAAUACAUCCAUGUGGCUCAAAAACUUCUGCAGCUGCAGAACUUCAACACUCUGAUGGCGGUGGUGGGGGGACUGAGCCACAGCUCUAUAUCUCGACUCAAGGAGACUCAGUCGUAUCUGGCUCCAGAAGUUGUGAAGAUCUGGAGUGAGAUGACAGAGCUGGUGUCCUCCAGCAACAACUACUCCUGCUACCGAAAGGCCUUCAGCGAGUGCCAGGGCUUUAAAAUCCCCAUCCUGGGUGUGCACCUCAAGGACCUCAUUGCAGUGCACGUGGUCUUUCCCGACUGGGUUGACAACAGUAAUAAGGUGAACCUGGUGAAGAUGAAUCAGCUCUAUAUGACCUUCAAUGAGCUGGUGUCGUUACAGAGUGCAGCGGCACAGGUGGAGCCCAACAUGGACCUCAUCUACCUGCUCACGCUUUCUUUAGACCUUUAUUACACAGAAGAUGAGAUUUAUGAGCUGUCAUUGUUAAGGGAACCACGUAACCCCAAAUCACUGCCUACCUCUCCAACGACUCCCAGCAAGCCCCUAGCCCCGUUGGACUGGGCCUCCGGUGUCACCACCAAACCAGACCCCUGUGUAGUCAAUAAACACAUCAGGAAGGUGGUAGAUUCUGUGUUCAGGAAUUAUGACCAUGACCACGAUGGCUACAUUUCUCAAGAGGACUUUGAAAGCAUUGCCGCUAACUUUCCCUUCCUGGACUCCUUCUGCGUUUUGGACAAAGAUCAAGAUGGAUUGAUCAGUAAAGAUGAAAUGAUUGCAUAUUUCCUUCGGGCUAACCCACUGCUCCAGUGUAAGAUGGGACCGGGAUUCAUCCACAACUUCCAGGAGAUGACGUACCUGAAGCCCACCUUCUGUGAACACUGUGCUGGAUUUCUCUGGGGAAUCAUCAAACAGGGCUACAAGUGCAAAGACUGUGGCGUUAACUGUCACAAACAGUGUCGGGAGCUGCUGGUUCUGGCCUGUAGGAAGCUUAUCCGCUCCGGCUCUGUGGGCAGCGUUUCCCCUGCGAGACUGACCCACAGCUCACUGCCCAGCAGCCCUGCAGUGCCCACCUGUAAAGAUGAGGAUGAGGUCUUUGAGUUCCCAGCCGUCACAUCAGCAGGUCCGGCCCUGGACACUCAGUCCAUCACCCUGAUGACCGGCUCAGCCCAGAGAAUCUCUGUGCGCCUGCAGAGGGCCACCACCAGUCAGGCCACCCAGACCGAGCCCCUGUGGCCUGAACACAGCUGGGGUGCUGCAGAUGGCGGCUCCCAUACCUUCCCCAAAAUGAAAUACAGGACUCACAGGAAGACGUCGAAAAAUAAAGGUUUUGCCUUUUGGGAAAAUCAGAGUGACGGGCAGCACCAGGGGGUUUCGUCACGGUGCAGCUUGGAGUCUCGGGAGAAGUCAGGCCUCUCAGGAGAGCUCGCACAGAACGGGAUUACACUCAGAGGGGAGGACAGCUGACUUAGUGAGGGCCAGUCCCGAGGGUCCAGAAAGCCCCUGGCAGCAGGGACCAGGAAGCUCUUUUCUCUGGGGGAGGUGCUGGGCUGCCUGAGGUCCACCUUUAGUGACCUGAAGUUAUCAUGUCCUCUCUAGAAUUGAGUACAGACAGAGCUACAUGUGCACACUGCUGCAGCUGAGCGAGAGGCGCUUCAGUGGAUACUGGACUAACAGUUACUGAGAAUCACAUGGAACGACGAACGAAGUCCAUCCCAGGAUCUCCUAAGAUGUAACUUAGGCGCGGGUUUUGGCCCAGGAUGGACUUAAAAAUCAGCACUUGAAAAAGUGAAAAGAAGAAGAUUUUAAACUUCACAGACGUGUGGAACGGGCUGAGUUUAGUGGAUCAUUGCUGGCCAGUUACUUUACAACUAGAAGAGCUAGGUUUAAAAUCCAGCUUGGGUACGGUGUGACCAAGGAACGGAACACAAACUGUACUCCUGAUUGAACUGAGGAAAGCAAUGAGCAAGUUCUCAGUGGUUACUCUCCAAGUUGGAAUGAUUAGAAAAAAAACACUAUGUACGUCAGAGGGUGUGAAGAUGUUUGUAUAUGGAGCUGCAAAUAAAGGGAAAGCCAAACUGAAAGUGAAUGUUAAGGGCAUCUAACUACAGUCGGACAGGACUCUGGUGAAGGACUAUUCUGCAAAGGAUGUGUUAGAAGGACAAAUAUGAAUUUAACACUUCAUUUUUUGUGUUAAAUAACUGAAUGUAUUUUAUUUUUAAUUUUCCACAUCAUUAUGAAAUCAAAACCCAAGUGUGUAAGUGUCAACCUCCUCCUGCAGCACAGCCCAUUCCUUAAAACUGGCUAGCUAGCCCACGAGGAACUGUUUUAUUGUGAAAGACCAUGUCAGCCGUGGUUAUCGUUAGCUUGUGCCAGCAGCAGCAGCUCAUCCACGGUCGCACCACCGAGCUGUGACUGAAGAGGUGAUGAUCUGUCCAUCCCCCCUCACCUCCACCAGAAGACUAAUGAUUGUGCAUAUAUGCUGCCCUCUGCUGGACAACACUGACACACACUACACCUCCUCCAUUUUACAAUUAUUAAAGACAAGAUAAUUCAAAGUCAUUUAACAAGUGUUUUUUUCAUUAUGGCACAGUAAAUGCAUACAUAUAUGUAUAUGUCUGCUAAUGCUUUUAAAAAAAUGUUUCAUACAAUAUUACUUAAAUGUUGAGCAAUUAUAAAUCCUGUCCAAAGCCCAAGAAGAAUGAAACCAGUUGAUUUAAAAAAGAGAAAUGUUUGACUAAUUGGACUAUAAUGAAAGAUCCAUAUUAAAGAACCAGCUGCAACAAAAGCCAGUCCAUAAUUAGUGAGAUUCCAGUCUUUUAUUUUUUCGACAUGGAUAGUGGGGCUGGGCGAUUAAUUGAAAUUCUAUUACGAUUUCGAUUUUGGCUUCCCACGAUUAAUGAAAAACAGAUAAUUGACAUAAAAUGAUCAUUGUGCCGUAUGCCUUGCUCCCGUGUUGCACUUAUUAUGUCCUGUGACGUAAAGGUAGAAGCUCACACUACCUUUUACUACAACACAAACAGUAGUGUAGCCCAAUCAACACUGUUAGCAACCCAGGGUUCAAGAAAUUGGUGACUACUUUGGAAAAGCGUUACACAC